UGAACACGAACAAGAAGACCCGAGGCGAUGGAAAAAUGACUGUAGGGAAGCUCACAUCUGGGCGUGAAAUCCGCUAUUAUCACCAUGAAUCGAGUUUUCUUUUCGGAAAAGCCGCAGUUUUGUCUGUUUUGAAAGUCGUCUGACCUGCAUCAGAGGAAACCUGGUGAUACUGGAGGUUUUGCAAGCCUUUUUUUUUCUUUUAGACAGGGCUUGUAUUUGCUUCGGAACAGUUCCAGAGACAAACCGAUAACAACUGGUGUUGUUUUUUUUUCCCGCAGUCAAAAUGCCGCGGGACAACAAAACCCCUCUUAUCCAGAAAAUAGCAAGACAAGCUUAUAUCACCUUCAAGGGCUUGAAGUCUUCUGCCAACCAGGAUAAUAAUAAACUCAUUGCGGACAAACAGAGCGAGCUAAUCUCCUUGGUGACCGCUGUCAGGGCUGCCGACCUGAAAAUUGCUCCCCGGAAAAGCAAAGCGAGCUCCGGGGCAGCGGGGCUCCAGAGCCCCCCGGUCACCUACAUGCACAUCUGUGAGACGGAGGUGUUCAGCAUGGGGGUGUUCCUGCUGAGGACCGGCGCCUCCAUACCGCUGCACGACCAUCCGGACAUGAACGGGAUGCUCAAGGUUCUCUAUGGGAAGGUGAGCGUCCGCUGCUUUGACAAACUGGAGGACAACUUAUCCGUCAACACCGCCCCGUCUCGUUUUGAUCCACCGCUGGACCCGCUCCAGACGACCUCCCUUUGGCGCUCCAUACUCCGCUCCGUCUCCGAAUACUCUGAGACCACCGGGCCGUGCCUCCUCACUCCUCAGAGGGACAACCUCCACCAGAUUGACGCCGUGGAGGGGCCGGCGGCUUUCCUGGAUAUCCUGGCGCCGCCGUACAGUCCGGACGACGGGCGGGAUUGUCACUAUUACAAAGUCCUGCGGACUGUGGUGGAGGGGGGGACGGAUGGGAAGAGUGAGGAGGAGCAGCAGGGAGAGGAGAAGGAGAAAGAAGAGGAGACGUGGUUACUAGAAAUCCCUCAGCCGGAGGACUUCUGGUGUGGAGGGGAACCCUACCCAGGCCCUGCAGUCUCUAUCUGAAUGAUCACUGCAGGAACAUGGCAGCAACAGUAUUGUGAUCUCCAUCCAUCCAUCCACAGUGGUACACUUCAUUUUUAUCCCCCUUCCACAGGAAGGUCAGACACCACGGUUAUUAUUACCUGGAACUCAAAAGAGACUGAGUGCCUUGCUCAAGGAUUGUAGUCCUGGGUAGAAACAGGAACUUGACCUCUGAUACUCAGCCCAGAAUAAGGACCAUUAAACCUCCUCUCACAAACCUUGAAAUAACAUCUGCUUGUAAAAGUACUGACACCAGGAAUUCACUUUUUAAAUAUGGCUUUUUUUUUUUUCUUGGGACCAUUAUAUGUUGUCUUGUACAUUACACACACGAAUGUCCUCGUCCAGACGUCCUGUGGCUGGUGUUGGUGUCUUUAGGGUCUCUGUUGUGUGUCCUGUGAAGCCUCGAAAAAAAAAAAAGCCUUUGACGCAUGAUAUUACUCACUGUGCUGCAGAAGACCUCCACAUUGUCAUGUGUCUCAAUGCCAAAGCCUGUAAUUCAAGUCGUACCUGCCUUAAUUGUGAAUAUUGAAUGUAUACGUCUUUAAGAGGGCCAUUUUUUAUUAAACACUUCUCUUCCAAAGUGCACACACUACAUUAUAUAUACAUAUAUAUACUUUUUAUUUUUAUUUUAUGUGUUUAACUUAUUCUAGUUUAUAUGGUUCCUACACAUGGUUCCUGGACAUUUAAGGG